CAAGGCUAUCCCUGAAGAAGUUUCUCCGAAUAAAAAGGUACUCCUGAAACUGCAUGCGAAGCUGUCAAUUUGUUCUAGAAAGGGAUGGAAAUGUAUGUGGUUUAUACAUUUUUGUGAACGAUAAGGCUUCCACUACCUGGAGCGCCCAAAUCUAUUGAUAGGGAACUGAGGCUCGAUUGGUGGAGAAAGACGACAUUUAUUUGAAGAUCUAGGCUUCCAAUUAAAGAUGAUUCGAACCAAACUACUGUAACCACUGAUUAUAUAUGAACAACGCAUGGCAUCAUUCAAGUGACAAAUGGAACAUGAAUCACAAUGAACAAUUGCAAAUAUACAUGAAGUAUGCAACGGAGAUAAAAAUCAGUUAGCCUAAUCGACAAAGUGACCAUGAGAAUAAGAACAUGAGCUUUGAUCCAUGGCAAUUGAUCCAAGUGACAACAAGUGCAACACGGCGCAACAAAGGAAAUGCUUACAUACACGCAUAUACACUUGGGUGAUCUUGAGAUUCAUAAAAUGAGCAUGGCCGCCUCGCUAUCCACGGGAACAUCAACUAUCAACUGAACUACAAGAAUAAUUAACCAUAAAUAUGAGUACAUAACUGAACUAAAAGAAUAUCGACAUUAUCGCAGAAAUCAAUUGAUCAUAAGCGCAGGCAUCGCCAUUCGCCUCCUCCUCUGCACGCAGCAAUGGAGCCUCCUCUCGCUUCACGGCGGCCAUGCUAGCAAGAACAAGCUCCCUCUUCGCGCCCGCCGGUGCUGCUCUUCCGGCGGCCAUCUUCGACCUCGCCCCGCUCCUCCAAGACAUGCACGCGCGCUACGGCCCCGUCAUCUCCUUCCGCCUCGCCCGCACGCUCGUCUUCGUCGCCGACCGCCGCCUCACGCACCGCGCCCUCGUCCAGGGCGUCGCCACCUUCGCCGACCGCCCACCGCCCGUCGACCCAGCCAGCCUCUUCAGCGCCGGCGGCCGCGACGUCAGUUCCUCGCCCUACGGGGCCUACUGGUGCCUCGUGCGCCGCAACCUCGCCGGCGAGGCGCUGCAGCCGGCCCGCCUCGCCCUCUUCGCGCCCGCCAGGCAGUGGGCGUGCGACGGCCUCGUCGCCAGCCUCUGCGCGCUCGCCGGCGGCGGCGACGACGGCAAGGCCGCCGUGGUCACGCUGAGGCCGUUCCUGCGGCGCGCUAUGUUCGAGCUGCUCGUGUACAUGUGCUUCGGCGCGCUGCGAGUUCCCGACCCCGACGAGGGUGACCGGCAGCUGACGGACACCGAGAUGGUCAGCCUCUGCUCCGAGAUCCUCAACGGCGGCACGGACACGACGGUCACCCUGGUGGAGUGGAUCAUGGCCGAGCUGGUGAACCACCCCGACGUCCAGGCCAAGGUGCACGAUGAGGUGAAAUCCAACGACGGCGGCGACAUGCAGGCGAUGCCGUACCUGAAGGCCGUGUGGACGGCGGCGCGGGAGUUCCGGCCGGAGCGGUUCCUGGACGGCGGCGAGGGCUACGGCGUGGACAUCACGGGGAGCAGGGAGAUCAAGAUGAUGCCCUUCGGCGCCGGGCGGAGGAUGUGCCCCGGAUACGCGGUGGGCAUGCACCACGCCGAGUACUUGGUGGCGAGGAUGGUGCGGGAGCGGGAGUGGCGGCCGGCGGUGGACAUGGCGGAGGCGCUGGACUUCACCGCCGUGAUGAAGCACCCGCUUCGUGCACGCAUCAGCGCCAGAAAAAUAAGCCAAACUUAUGUGCGUGUUGCUAAAUUGGUACUGUACGUGUACGCGCAUCAUUGGUUCAUCCUAGAAGGUUGA